AUGAGAUUCACGGCAGCUUUACUCUUUGUCGCAACAGCCUGGGGCUCCCAACACCAUCACCAACGAGAUACAGAUAAUGGCAUCAAUCUUGGUGCGAUCACGAGCGCCUUAGAGCAUAUGAUGGGCAACAAAACAGCCAGCGCAAACUUUGCCAACAUCUCGCCGCCACCCAGGUCGCUGAUCCCCGAGAUCCUAUCGGUGGUGCCCGUAUCUGUCAUCUGGGAACUUAUCAACCCAGUGGAACGCAGCUCCCUCGCCAGUCAAUUCAAGGCUGGCACUACUCCUGCCUGGUACAGUGCUCUCCCAUCGGACGUGAAAGACUAUAUGUCAGUAGUCAAAUCACAGAUCUCGGCGGGAGCAUUGACGGCCACAGCGUCUGAAACCAACCCCACAGCAAAUACCGGGGCUGUAGCGACAGCAGCAACUGCUACCGGUGUCAAUUCUGGAUCGGCAAGCUCAACUUCAUCUAAAGGAGCAGCUGCACAGCCUACAGGACUGACCGUAUCGGCGUUGGGGGCGCUGGGAGUACUUGGACUAGCAUUAGCUCUGUGA